GGUUAGCUUGUGAGUAUCGUGCAGGAGGUGUUAGGAGAGAGAGAAGAAACUUGUAGUUUUGAAACACUUCGAAAGUCCAACGAUGCCCUCUACCUCUACACACCCAAAAGUAGAAAAAUGAAGCACCUAAAAUGGAGACGGGAAAUGCAAUCGACGGCUGCACAUACCGAACCAAGUUCCUGGUUCCCUCACGUUUCACAUUGGGGAUGGAGCCAUGGAGGCAUCAUAUCCCAGUGCACCGGUGCACACCUUCACUUGUGGAGCACAGCAACCCACGGCACACACCGCCACUCCGGCCAACGCACAUGUUAGGCUGCUAGCAUCAGCUCAAUAAUUAAAGCCCGCCCGCUGUUCACGACGACCCCAGCUGCCGGCUCCGCGAUGGCCGUCGCCGCCGGCGCUCUGCUGGUGCUGGCAGCCGCCGCGGCGGUGCUCUGCUCGUCGGCGACCGGCGAUGACGUGUUCGGCGCCGCCCAGAGCACCGGCAUCGGCCAUGGCCGCCCGGUGGUCCCGGCGGUGUACGUGUUCGGCGACUCGCUGGUGGACGCCGGCAACAACGACUUCCUGCCGCCGCCGGCGCCCAGGGCCGUGCCCCCGAACGGCGUCGACCUCCCGCGCACCGUCCUCCGGCGGACCGGCCGCUUCACCAACGGCUACAACCUCGCCGACAUCAUCGCACAACAUGUGGGGUUCAAGAAGAGCCCACCGGCAUACCUCUCGCUGAUGCCAUUGUCAAGCUUCCACCUCCUCCGAGGCCGAGUCGGCACCAACUUCGCUUCCGGCGGCUCCGGCAUCCUCAACGCCACCGGUAACGGGACUAUCACUCUGUGCGAACAGGUCCAGCUGUUCGCGAAGACGAAGGCGACAAUCAUCCGGGCCGGCCUGGUGGGCCGUGAGAGGCUGGACAGCCUGCUGGCCCGGUCCCUCUUCCUCAUCAGCACCGGCGGCAAUGACUUCGCCGCCUUCGGCCAUGGCGGCGGCGUUCCUAUGAGCCAGGCGCCGGAGUUCAUCGCCGGCAUGGUCACCGAUUACCUCAGCUACAUCAAUGAAUUGUACAGGCUAGGAGCACGGAGGUUGGUCCUGCUGGACAUACUGCCGGUUGGAUGCCUGCCGUCCCAGCGAGCCAUCACGGCCAACGGAGAGUGCAACGACGUCGGAAACUAUCUGUCGGAGUUGUUCAACUCCCUCCUCCGGGCGGAGAUGGCGAAAGCCGUCGCUGCCUCCAUGCCGGGGAUGAAGUACUCCAUUGCCAGCCUUUACAACGUGUUCUCCGACAUGAUCGCUAACCCAACUUUGGCUGGACUGCGUGAGGUGAAGAGAGGUUGCUGUGGCAGCGGCAAGUUCAACGGUGAGGUGGAUUGCACUAUGGGCACAAGCCUCUGCACAGACCGUGGCAAGUACCUUUUUUGGGACAAGGUGCAUGGGACACAGGCUGCCUACCGUUGGGCUGUCCUCGCCUUCUUCCAUGGGACAAUGAGAGAUGCGGAGCCCAUCAACCUUGACCAGUUGCUUAUGGCUCCUUAUUCCUCCAUGUGAUGGGUUGUUUUUCUUAAAUAUAUAUAAUGGAAAAGUAUAUAUGGUGAAUAGUUAUUAGAGGAUAUAUAUGACAAAUGCUAAACCCGACAAAGUGCAAACAACUAGUCUAUUUAUCCGUG